UGCCACUCGGGGCGUGUCCCUGGAGGGUGACGUUUCCCUCGCUUCAUCUCUGUGUGCUCCAGUGCCCGGGUCCAUUCACUCUUUCACUUAUUGGGCGCCAGUGGAGGAAGUUCACCCAACAGUGUAUUCAAUUAUCCGUGUUCCCGCUUCCGAAUGGGAAACCAAAGUGCUUAGGAGCCAAUUGGCUUAGGGUUUAACUUGACUUUCACGAUUUAAGAAACUGCCAACAAGCAUUUUAACAAAGGCCUGAAAAGGCUUGUUGCUCUGUAGUAUCCUGGAACCAUCAGGGUCCUGCUAGGCAGGCCAAUUUUAUUUGUGUUAGCCUGGUGUGUAAAGAGUUGAGACUGGAGCAGGACUGUGGAUUGUUGAAGAGCGUCGUCUGCCUGCUCCACAACAUGGUAUUGGGAUAUUUAUAAGAGCAGGUGUGAUUGGCAGAAUGGGCUGCAGUCAAAGUGCAGAGGUAGAGGACUACUCUGCCUCCGAUGUGAACAAGUAUGUGGACAUGCACUUGCAGAGGCUGUCCUCGGCUCUCCAGCAACAGAACAGCACUGCGGAGGCCAAACCAGUCGAUGUGGAUGGGCUGCUGGUGGUCGCCUUGUAUGACUACGACCCAAUCCAUGCUGAUGAUCUGUGCUUCAGGAGGGGUGACCAGUUGGUCAUCGUUGAAGAGGGCAAUGACUGGUGGAAAGCCAGGUCAGUGGCGACAAAGAAGGAGGGAUACAUCCCCAGCAAUUUUGUGGCCAAAGUGAACUCCAUUGAAAAGGAAGAGUGGUUUUUUAAGGGAUUAAGUCGGAAGGAUGCAGAGCGGCAGCUGCUGCUUUGUGGAAACAAGAUUGGUUCUUAUUUAAUUCGGGACAGCGAGACCAACAAGGGUUCCUAUUCCCUGUCCGUGCGAGACCACAUCGUGGAAGUGGGUGACACUGUCAAGCAUUACAAGAUCCGGACACUCGACAAAGGAGGCUACUUCAUCACAUCUCGCAUCACCUUCCACACUCUCCAAGAGCUGGUCGUCUACUACCACCAGCAAGCUGACGGGUUGUGCCAGAAACUCGGCAAGCCCUGCAUUGCGAUUCAGCCACAAAAGCCGUGGGAGAAGGACGCAUGGGAAAUUCCACGAGAAUCGAUCAAGCUGGAGAAGAAGCUGGGAGCUGGCCAAUUUGGGGACGUGUGGAUGGGGGUGUACAACAAGAAGACCAAGGUGGCAGUGAAGAUGAUGAAGCCAGGCAGCAUGGCCCCACAGGCCUUCCUGGAGGAGGCCAACCUCAUGAAGACACUGCAGCAUGACAAGCUGGUACGGCUGCACGCCGUGGUGACAGACGAGCCCAUCUUCAUUGUCACCGAGUACAUGGAGAAGGGAAGCCUGCUGGACUUUUUGAAAACUUCAGAAGGAAGCCGUCUAAAGCAACCAAAGAUGAUUGAUAUGUGUGCGCAGGUAGCAGAAGGAAUGGCUUUCAUCGAAGAUAAAAACUACAUCCAUCGAGAUUUGCGAGCUGCCAACAUUCUUGUCAACGUGAACUUGGUUUGCAAGAUCGCAGAUUUCGGAUUGGCCAGGAUUAUAGAGGACAAUGAAUACACCGCACGGGAAGGAGCCAAGUUUCCCAUCAAGUGGACAGCACCUGAGGCUAUAAACUACGGUUCCUUUUCCAUCAAGUCCGAUGUCUGGUCCUUUGGAAUCUUGCUUACGGAAAUGGUCACCUUUGGACGGAUCCCCUACCCAGGCAUGACCAACCCGGAGGUGAUCCGCAGCCUGGAGCGAGGCUACCGCAUGCCCAAACCGGACAACUGCCCGUGCGAGCUCUACAGCAUCAUGCAGGAGUGCUGGCGUCAGAAGCCAGAGGAGCGACCCACCUUCGAAUACCUUCAAAGCCUCCUGGAGGAUUUCUACACGGCCACUGAGCUGCAGUACCAGCCACAGCUCUGACCGACGGGAUAUUUCUACGCGAGGGACUGUGGCCAGUAGCAAAAAAAAAACAGGCGUCAAAAUCCUCGUUAUAUUCAAACUGGUUUCAAUACGGCUUCGGGAAUUUUGUAGUUAAGUUGGUUGGUACCACUGACCCCUGAUGCGUAUGUUUAAUUCUUCUAUGGUUUUUUUCUGUCGUGUCAGGUAAUGUUUGCGUGGGGAAAAGUCCAGAUGCUAAAGUCGUAUAGUGCCCGUCUAAGACCGGUUUCAUGUUUUAUGACUAUGGUUUCCAUGAACAGAAGAAGCUUAAAAGUUUUUUUUUAUAUGAACAUUUGUAAUAUAUAUUUUUCAAAGUUAUAUGUCACCUUGCUUGCAUGGCCAGAGAUUAGAUGACAAGCUUCGCGCAGUGUUUUUAAAAUAACUUUCCAGAAUUUUUAGAUAAUUAAAUGUAUAUUUCAUACAUUCUUCACAAAACAGUUGUUUUGAUCGAUAAUAUUAACUUGCUACGAAGUAAUAUUUGGAGGCGAGUCAAAACUUGUUUAUUUUACUGUUGUGUAAUACAGUACUGUUCUUUUGUUUUUCAAAUUAUUGAGACCCACCUUGAUUGAGUGUGAAUUUAUCCUAGGAGGUUUGUUUUGUACAUAUUGGUAAGGGUCCUGUGUUGUUGUGUGCCUUCAUUUUAUGAUCUGUACAUAAAGCAGUUUCAAAGAUU